AUGGCACCUGACGAGAAGACAUACUGCUGUGCCAGAAUGCCGAUGGGUGCAAAGACUGCCCCUAAGCAUUUUGCUAAGGUCAUGAGCAUAGUAUUGGGGCGCCUGGAGACAGAUGACCAGGUGAACGUCAGAUCCUACCAGGACGAUAUCGUAGUCGCAGCGAAUUCUCGCGGCGAACUGAACGCGCGAUACGACAGAGUAAUCAAUCUGUUACGCCAACAAGGAUUUAAAGUAAAUCCGGAGAAGUCGAGUCGGGCUGAAGUACUUGAUGUACUUGGGUACCGCAUCUCCAAAGAUAAGAUAGCAAUCCCGAUUGAAAAGGGCAAGCAGAUACGCGAACAUCUGCGUAGCGAGAAUACGAAUGAAGUUAUUCGAGCAACCCAUCAAUUAGGGUAUUAUAAAAUGAUAUUGACACCGGCCCAAAGAGACUCGGCGAUCAAGCUAAGGCAAAUCCUCACGAAGGUGGGCCACUUCACCCAAGUCGCUAGAGACCUACGCCAGGCUCUGGACGUUUGCUGGGAGAAACCCCGAGGUACGCCAUGGCAAGCCAAGCGAUUAGAGAUCUUCGUUGACGCGUCAGACACGGCAGCGGGCAUUCACGUACGCUACAAUGGAAAUUGCGUACUUGAAGAAGCAGUACCGUUAACACAUACGGUAACUAACCUGGCAUCCUUCAAGGAAAUUCAAGGUGCGUAUAAGCUGCUCGUGAAAUAUAGAAGUCUUAUCCGGCACAUCGAUGAUGGCUGCGAAAAGAUUAUACUGACGGACAACCUACGACUCUAUCAAGGGCUUAUUCGACGAGAGGAGCCUCGCAACGACCUCGAGAUUUACGCUUCACGCAUCAAACAGCUGUACAAAGCUAAGUUUGCAUACGUGCCAGGAGGCCAGAACCCGGCCGAUUUUAUCUCGAGGAGACACCGUCUCCCCUCAUAA